GGGUGUGUACAGUAAAUAUGUUUAUAAUGCGUGUUUUACAUCAGGCACUACCACUACACGCCCUCCCUCGUCAUUUUGUGCAGGCAAUAAUCCGGGCUGCCGCUGGUCCUUCUUCCUCUUUUACGUCCCUGAGCGAGGCCGGCGUCAAAAUGAACGACACAGUAACAGUCAGGACCCGCAAGUUUAUGACGAACCGACUGCUUCAGAGGAAGCAGAUGGUUGUUGAUGUCCUCCAUCCUGGCAAGGCCACAGUCCCAAAGACUGAAAUCAGGGAGAAGCUUGCCAAGAUGUACAAGACCACCCCCGAUGUUGUAUUUGUCUUUGGCUUCAGGACUCAGUUCGGCGGUGGCAAGACAACAGGCUUUGCUAUGGUCUACGACUCUUUAGACUAUGCCAAGAAGAAUGAGCCCAAACACAGACUUGCCAGGCAUGGUCUGUAUGAGAAAAAGAAGACCUCAAGGAAACAGCGCAAGGAACGCAAGAACAGAAUGAAGAAAGUACGAGGCAUCAAGAAGGCCAGUGUUGGAGCUGCUGGCAAAAAGAAGCAGAAAUGAAGUUUUCAGUUUUGCAGUGAGCCCAGACGGCCAGCGGGUGUCUUCGUGCUCAAGAUGGUCUUGUAUAUUGUCAUCAAAUAAAGUUUUGGGAAAAAAGACA